UAUGACUGUUUACCACAAUCAAUCGUCAAAAUUUGCAAACAAAGAAAAAUAAACGAAAUUUGAAGUUAUUACGACAUUAAAGAAAAAUUAUAUUUUCUACUUAAUAAAUUUUUAGAAAUAAAUUUAAAAGCAUUUUUUUUACCUAAAUUAAGUCCUAAGUAUACAUAUAUACAAUAUUUCAUCAAAGAAAGCUGAAGGUCCUUGGUAGGUGGUGGGUGAUUAAAUGAAAGUGUUUUUUUUUGAAAUUCUAAAAUACAAAGCGUUAUAAAUGACCUUGGAACUUGGGUGAUAAAUUUUAGAACCAAGUCACUUCAUUAUGAAUUUUCCAUAAUAUAUAUUAGUGUUCAUGAAACUUUUAAAAAAUUAAAUGUGCAGCACAUUUUUCAUUAUUCAUUGAUUGACAAUAAAAAUUGAGAUUAUACGAAUAAAAAGGAAUACCUGCAUUUUACAAUAAAAUGGGGCAACAGGAUGAAUUUAAAUACGAUUCAAUCAAGAACGAUGUCAAUCCCUUCACUACAUUUAAAGAGGAACAUGAUUUUGAGGACUAUAAAAAUGAGGAUUCACCUAUGAUUCAUGUUGUUCCGGAUUCAAACAAACUAAGAUGGAAUCAUAUAGAAGAUUUGGAUUCGUUUUUUACAAGAAUGUAUUCUUAUCAUCAAAAGCAUGGAUUUUUAGUAAUAAUAUUAGAUGAAAUAUUACAGCAAAUAUCAUUCGUUUUUGUUGUAUGGAUAGCUGUUUUUACUACACAUUGCAUAAACUAUCCAGUUUUGUUUGGCGAUGAUUCUAAAAAUUCAACAAAAGUAUAUUUAAGUGAUGUAUUCGUUUCAUUCGAUCAAUGUGUUACUAAUUUCAGCAGUUUUACAAUAUUUUGUUUAAUAUUGGCUUCAAUAUUUUUUAUAUUUAGAUUUGUAAAAAUUUUAUAUCAUGCAAGUCAAUAUUGGGAUAUAAAAAAAUUUUACAAUACAGCAUUAAAAAUUGAAGAUAACGAACUUGAUAAUCUGACAUGGCAUGAAGUACAAAAAAAAAUACGGGAAGUUCAAUCUGAGCAACAAAUGUGCAUACAUAAAGAUAAUUUAACCGAGUUAGAUAUUUAUCAUAGAAUUCUACGUUUUAAAAAUUAUAUGGUAGCUUUAAUGAAUAAAAAUUUAUUACCCACAAGAUAUUCUUUGCCAAUAUUUGGUGAAAUGGUAUCACUAACUCGGGGGCUUCUCUAUAAUAUUGAAUUAAUUUUAUUUCGUGGACCUUGGUCCCUUUUUGAGAACAACUGGCAACUAAGAGGUGAUUUAGCAGUUAGAAGCAAUCGGUUGGAAUUCUCCAAAAAAUUGUCAACUCAAAUUGUUUGGCUAGCAAUUGCAAAUUUUUUAUUAUCACCUUUUAUAUUUUUAUGGCAGCUUACAUAUAUUUCCUUUAAUUAUGCAACAAUACUUAAAAGAGAACCCGGAUCUUUAGGUGCUAGAACUUGGUCAAAUUAUGGUAGAUUAUGUUUGCGACAUUUUAAUGAAUUAGAUCAUGAAUUAGAUGCACGUCUAAAUCGUGCAUAUGAACCAGCCGAAAAGUAUAUGAGUUCGUUUUCGUCUCCCUUAGUUACAGUUUUCGCAAAACAUCUGCUUUUUAUAUGCGGUGGAUUAUUAGUAGUAAUAGUUGCACUUGGUGUUUAUGAAGAACAUGUUUUUCAAGUGGAACAUGUCUUGACAAUCGUGACUAUUUUGUCCGGCAUUGGUGUAAUAUGCAGAAUUUCUUUGCCAGAUGAAAAUUUGGUUUGGUGCCCAGAACAACUAUUAACGGCAGUCUUGGCGCAUGUUCAUUAUUUACCAACUAGUUGGAAAAAUUUAGCACAUACAACAUUAGUAAGGAAAGAGUUCGAAAACUUUUUUCAGUUCAAAGCAGUAUAUUUGCUAAAUGAAAUUUUCAGUCCUAUAACAACUCCAUUUAUUUUAUUAUUUAUAUUUCGUCCUAGAGCUUUGGAUAUUGUUGAUUUCUUUCGAAGUUUCACAGUUUCUGUUGUCGGUGUGGGAAAUGUUUGUUCGUUUGCACAAAUGGAUGUAAGAAAACAUGGAAAUCCUGAGUGGCAACUAGCAACUUCUUCUGAAUGUAAUAUCUCUAAUGAGAAUCCUAUUGAUGUUAACAAUGAUCAACAAGCAGACACUCUUAACCGAGGAGAAAAUGGAAAAACCGAGUUAUCUUUAGUUCACUUUACACUAACAAAUCCAGAAUGGAGGAUGCCCCCUGAAUCCAAGCAAUUUAUGAUGAACAUAAAACAACAAGCUUUGUUAGAUCUUAAAGGAUUAGAAAUAGAACCUAAGAAUAAGUCUACCGCUAUGGACGUGAGUUUAAUGUCAUUUGGAAGCAUUGGAGAAAAAUAUUCUUCGAUUGCUAAUUCUGUUUUUCAACAUAAAAAUUUGUCUAUCAACGGCUUAGCUGAUUCUAUUAUGCUUCAAAAACAACCGCUAUCUUCCAUAGAUACUGCUACACCAAGUACUUCAUUCCCCUUCCGGCAACAACAGGUGUCUGGUCGCGGAGUUGGUGGUGAUUUCGAAAAAAUGCUCCACCAAAAUCUUUCUGAUGGUACUUCUUUGCUUCGUCCUUUGGAAAGUAUUGAAGAAUCACAAAUAUAUGAUGAAUAUGGUCACGAUGAUAAAAAUCAACAUCAUUAUGAAAAGGUUAAAAGUAAAAAAGUUAGAAAAGGUGUUACACAUAACGAAGGUAGCGCUGAUGGUUCAAAGGAAGGUUUGUUGUACAGUUUGUACACUUUUCACCCAGAAUUAUCAAUUCGUACGGACUUAACCACAGCUGAUAUGUGUUUAAGCACCUUAUAUUUACACGAAUUGCACCAUAGACAAAUGCAAAGAAAAUGUGAACGUUUGGCUCAACAUCAAAGUGCUUUGUGGCAAAAAUCUCAAAUAGUCUCUAAAAGUAAUAUUAUUAACGAAAAAACGCGAGACAGUCCAAAUUCAGCUGCCGCUCAAACCGAAAAAACGCCUUUAUUGUUGAUGAAAAAAUCGUAGUGCAAAUUUUAAAAAAUUCUUAUCAUUAAAAAGUCUAACAAAAUAACAGAAAUAAGUAAAAAAUACACAAUAGGAACAUGCAAUGGAUGCAUGUUAGCAUUAAAGUGUAAAUAUAAAAGAGUAAAUGUAAUUAUUGUAAAUACUGUUUCUCUAGUCUAUAGAAAAUAUAAUUUUAAUACGAAAAUAAGACAAAGAUAUAAUUUUAUAUUUCAAAAUAUUAAAUGACUUUAAUAGUUACAUAUUAACGCUUAAUUAUUAAAAAGAUUUUAAUUUUUAAAUUAAUUAAAACAUAACUUUUGAAACAAAAUAAAAAAUACUUAGUGUAGAAAUAUUAAAUAGUAGCCUGGAUAUAUUGUAAAAUUUUAAAUUACAUAUUAUGUUAAUCUGAGGUUCAAAAGUUUUAAUACCCUAAAUUAAAAUUUCCGAAAAAGUUUUGAAAUAGAAAAAAAUUUAAGUAUUUUGUAAUAUUUUUUCAUAAUAAAAAACUGCUUGUUCUUUAAGAAUAAAAUUGCUUUAUCAUAA